AUCAUCUUCGUCUUUUGGAUGGGCACUCCCGACUCGGGAAGCUUCGUCCCACUUUCUCGCCUUCGCCAUUCCCCCUCUUCGUUCCACCCCUGCUAGAAGCCCUACACAUUUCCGAUUCCGACGCAUAUAUCCUCGCCAUGAAUACGAAGCCACAAAUUGGCCGCGUUCUCAUGUAGAAUUCCGCUCUUUCGCCCAGAGGUUGUCCUUCAUGAACGAUCAUCCGAGUUAGCGAUCGUGCGCAUAGUGGGAUAGUGUUAAGUGAGGAGGUUUUGAAUUCCUGAAGCCGUUGGAUUGUUCUGCGUAGGGGAGGGGAGAUGUCGAGUGGAGAAGUCAGGAAGGUCUCCCGUCAGGAUAUACAACUGGUUCAGAAUCUUAUUGAAAGGUGCCUGCAGCUGUAUAUGAACCAGAAAGAAGUAGUUGACACUUUGUCUUUCCAGGCAAAGAUAGAGCCUAGUUUCACUGAACUUGUUUGGCAAAAACUUGAGGAGGAGAACCUGGAAUUUUUCAAAGCAUAUCAUAUUAGACUGAUCCUUAAAAACCAAAUACUGCUUUUUAAUAAGCUCCUUGAGAAACAGGUUGAGCUUAUGCAGAAAGCAUGUCCAUCUGGAGUUGCUAUCUUACCAAUUCCAAAUGCCUCCCAUUCUCCUUUGCUUCAAACUCCAUCAUGCUAUAUGUCUCAACAUGCGUCCACAUCUUCACGGCCAGAUGGCAUGUUUUAUAAUGGAGAUUUUUCAAGUGCUCUUGUAAAUGGUAGGUCAUCAGAACAUCAGGGGAACUAUCUUGAAAGUGAUUCAUCAAUUGUUGCUGGAAUUAUGCAUGCUUCGACAAGUGUGUUAUCUGCACAUAACUCCAACAUGGGAAGGAUUUCUGGACUGAGUGAGACAAUAAUAAAGUCAGAGCCUAACUAUUUAAACAAUUCUGAGUUUCCAUUCGUUAGUGAUAACAUCAUCUUGGAAGCACACCGACCAAUUGGAGAUGCUUCAGGUGGAUCCUUUAGUAACUCAGAAUUGACUGGACAACCGGCAAACAGCACUCUCCCGGAUGUUGAUACACCUUCGCUUGGAUUUAGUCAGAUUCCCCGAAAUUUCAGCUUUUCAGAUUUAUCAGAUGACUUUAGUCACUGUGCUGAUAUACUAGAGAAUUAUGAUAAAUCUCCUUAUCUUCCACCUGAUUCAAAUAACUUUCUGGACUCUCCAGCAACAGAAUUUAAAGGUAUUACUUUGCUGUUGAAUUGAGAUUUCUAUAUUUUUCUUACACUUGUUUAGAGGACACUAGAAAACUAGACACUAUAUCUGAAGGGGUUAGUUAUGAUGGCUUACGAAGUGACUGACCUAACAUAUAAUGUGUUUUCCUCCAAGGUAACUUUCUACAGCCUUCAUUUUUUUCAUCUCCUUUUCUUCUCUCUUUUUUCUCUCAAAGAGUAGAGACAAAAAAGAGGGACUUUUAUCACAUCAAUACUGCAUGAAGCUUCAGGUAACUGCCUAUGGUUUCAUAUUCUCUAUCGUGUAAACCAUUGCAAAUUUGUGGUGGUUCCCCUGUUAAAAAACAAAAUUUAUUUAUAUUGAGUGUAUGGGACGAGCAUCUGACUUUUCUGUGAUUGAUUAUAUAGGAUUGCACAGUGCUGUACUCUAAGUCACAAAUUAUUAUAUAGUGGCUAUAUCUUCCCGUUCAUGCUUGAUUACAUCAUUUUAAAUGACACUACGAAUGUUGUUAGCGGUACCCUCUUUUCUCUCAUAUGCAUUCUUGUGUGUUCCUAUCAGAUAUACUGUUUCUCACAACAUGCAAGCACAUCUUAUGGAAACAGUGAAUUAUUUAGAGUCCAUGUAUAAUUAGGUCCUUCCAACGAGGAUAUAUAUUUAAUCUAAUGCUAUUUGCUGAUGUGACUAUGAUCAUGGGAUGACUGACCGGAGCCAUACUGUAUUUUAGUUCUGACACAUUUGUCAAAUUCUGCUGUAGGUUGACUGGGCAUCUGUAUAUAUGGGAUUGACAGGCUCCUUAUUCUUCAAAUUUCAGUGGAUCCUUCUCAAGUAGUUUACUUCACACGUUUUGCACAGUCGCUAAUGUUUUCUGCCAUUGGAACUUUCUGUAAUGAUAUUUGUAGUUGAGCAACAAGUUAAUUUGUUUCAUACACAUCAUGCUAUUGAUGCAUUGUUCUGGUCCAUAUGGGAGGCACUC